UUGAUGGUGUAUUUCUAAUGCUUUUGGCGUACUUUGAAGAACCUCAAGAGCUUAUGAUUAAGUCAUUUGAUGUAACUGCCACUGUUACAGAAGUUGUGAAAAACUGUCCUACAACACCAUACAUAUCUGUAUUUGGCGAUGAGUUGCUGGGGGAAAGGUGCUGUUUGGUGGUGGAUGGUAUUGUGGUAAACGACUCUCUCACAAGCAUAGCUGAAGGAAUGAUGAUGUUGUUUGCCUCAUACUAUGUGUUAAAUAUAGCAUAUCCCGACGAGUUAGCAGCUACUUUGGAAUUCAUUCAAAGAUGUUUUCUCAAUUUAAACCCAGAAAAAGGGAACAAAAGAUCCAAAAAGAAAGGGAAACAACAUUCCAUUAACCCUAAGGUUUUAACCUUAGCAAACACAUUAAAAGACUAUCAAAGCAAAUGGACUUUAUAAGGAGCUUACUGAUAGUUCAUAUAGAUGUUAAAAACCGUAUAAUUUGACGAUUUUGUCAUAUGUUACUUUGUUAUUGUUAUAAAAAAAUGCUGUUUAAGGAGACAUUUAUCAUCAAAUAUUGCGUUUCAUGCACCUAAGGUUUAUUUGUAAAUUAUGUUGCAUGGUAUUAAAUGCCAUAUUUAUUUUAUCCUGACAUUCGAUGUUCAGUUUUAUGUUUAACUGUAAUUCCCUAUAACAGUUGUAUGAUUUUAUAUUUUUUAAUAUAAUAUGUUAAAAACUAUUGCUCUAUACUUUGAUCUUUAUACAAUAACGUGAUGAUAUUCCCGUAAAAUUACAGAUUUCCGUUAAAAUAUAGUCUCUGUAAUUUUACAGUACUUUUACUGUAAAAUUAACUUGUAAUUUACAGUAGUUCUAGUGUCCAAGCUGCCGUACUUUUUAUCGUAAAAUAACUAAGAUUUUUUGUAUAUUAACAGUAUAUUGCACUGUAUAUUAAAGCUAUUUUUCUGGUUUAUAUAUUAACAUAAAGUUUCUGUAAAAUAACAGAUUUCUGUUAAAAUACAGUUUCUGUAAUUUUACAGUAAUUGCUCUGGCGUCCAAGCUGCCAGUACUUUUUACUGUAAAAUAACAGAGAUAUUUUUAACAGUGUAGUUGUAAAUUUAAUAUCUUUACUGUGUAUUUGUAUAUUGGGUAUUCUUACUGUAAAUAAUUUUGUAUACUUCAGCUCUUGUAAGCUGCUAUCCAGAUUAUUAAUAAAUUCAAUUCAAUUUAAAUUCUGUGUUACCCUGACUUCACAAAACAAUUUGAUUUAUACGUAGACGCAAGUUUGGAUGGAUUAGGAAUGACCCUUGGUCAAAUUCAGAAUAACCGGGAAGUUGUCAUCGCAUAUGCUGGUCGUAGCUUAAAUUCGGCCGAGCUCUCAUAUUCUGCUACAGCAAAAGAAGCUUUGGCAGUAAUUGAUCAUAUUGUUACGCAAGGCUUCAUAGUGAUUGAGAUACGCAUAUAAAAAUAGCCAUAAAAAUAGAAGUAGCAAGAG